AUGGAAAUCGCAGAACGAUUAAAGACGGUUCUACGAAAGUCCCAGGACCUGCUCAACAUUCGCAAUGCUCAGAGAGCUGUCACGUCGCCACCGUCCUAUGACGCUGUUCUGCUUCAGAAACAUUGCGAACGUCUUUUGCAACCCACAGGUACCCCUUUGCACGGUGUGGCUGGAUAUCUGAGGGAGUUCGAUCCUUUGAUAAUUCCGCCAACCCCGGAGGCAUCAGAGAAAGCCGUCCAGAAGCAUCUUACCGCCCUAUCUCGGGUGAACGAUGCUUCUACACUGGAAUAUGCGCGACGCUCCUGCGGCGGCACUCGUCGAAAGGCCUAUGACCGACAUUUCGCUCAUCUUCUAACGGUCUACGAAUGGUCAUGGCUGCAUCAAAUCGUAUAUGGUUGGGAAGGCACCUCUCCUGAAAUCCAUCGACUUGCUUACGAGACAUUUUACUCAUUCAUCGCACUCCCUCUUCGACGACUUAAAGUUCCAUUAUCGGCAUUUCUCUGGCAUGCAAGAGUGAGUAGAAGCAUCUCCAGACUGUCUCAAGGAUCGUCUUUGUCCGAAAGAUCGCCUGAAUUUCUCUUUUCUACUCUUGAAGAUAUGAGCAGUUAUAGUGAAACGGACAGAUUGGAAGAGCUGUUGCGAAUGAACGACAUGAUACUUGACUCUGUGGUCGACAACCUACACUUGCACCCAAAGAUGUUCAAAGCUUGUAAGAAGGCGAUAGCAGCCGAACUCCGAACGUCCAUCCCUUCAGGAUUCCGCAGCAAUAAAUUCCACUAUCUCAUGACCGACCAUUCUGCGUGGCGUCGGUUUGAGAAGAUCAGUCGUGACAGAACGUCCGAUUUCGAGCCUCUGCGUCCGCGCACAGAAAUGCAUGGAGAUGCAAAUGACUGCACCAGAAUAGCGAGCGGUCCGAGAGUCGAACGUUUGCUGCCAGAUUCUCUUGCGAUUCGACAAGAGCUAGAGGACAAUCCAUGGAGCUGA